AUGUCUAAUUACUCUAUUUCCACCGAAGCUGCUCGAAUUCUAAAUAAAGUUCUCCUUCAAGAUCCUAGAUUACACCUUCCAGACUCUUUCGUCAAAGCCGCCGAGAAAAUCAAGUUUGUGGGAGAAGAUGAUCAACCUUUCAUCCUCACACCUCUCAAGAUCACGGAGUCGAGCGCGGCCCUCAAUGCCCUCGUAGCUACAGCUGCAAAUGUGGUCGUAGCCGAGCGCUAUGGGAUCAACUACCAGAAUGUUGAAAUCAACACAGAUCUUGCAACCCUUUUCCUUGAAUCAGUGCUACUACCUACCAUUGGCGGCAAGCACUUCAUGCAGAGCAGUCAAAUGCUAGCAGAGCUUGCCAAGAUGGACCUCCAUCAGAUGAGCAAGCCAAUCAGGCGAUAUGCGACAAAUGUUUAUCGCACCAAGGAUGGAAGAUGGUAUCAUCUGCAUGGAUCUAUGAAUGCUCUGCCCACGAUGGAGAUGUUGGGUGUUGAGGACAGUGACGUUAGCACUGAAGAAGCCUUCAAGAUCUAUACCGAAAAGGUUGCAGAAUGGGAUUCCCAGGAUAUCGAAAAGGUCGCGAACGAGAAGUUCAAGCAAGCUGGUGUGAUUUGCUAUACGCCUGAUGAGUUCUUCGCAAGCGAGCAUGGUAAGAUCAUGUCGGAAGAACCCUUGUGGACAUCGACUCGUGUGCCAGCACCGAAGAAGACUUGGCCCGAAGCCAAAGACACUGAUCGCUAUAGUCCACUUGCUGGCAUCAAAGUCUUGGAUCUAUCUCGUGUCAUCGCAGCUCCAGCAGUAUCCAAGAUCCUCAGUGUUCUUGGCGCCGAUGUCAUCCGUGUCUCCUGCAGCAGGCUACCAGAGUAUUCGGCAACAAUGCCGGAUCUUCAGACUGGCAAGAGAGACGUUGACAUCGAUCUCAAGACAAUUGAGGGGCGGCAAACACUUUCUGAGCUUAUCAAAGAUGCUGAUGUUCUUGUUGAUGGAUACCGUCCUGGUGCUUUGGCGAAGCUGGGCUUUGACUCCAAGUCUUUGCGGGCCACUGUCUUACCGGGCAAGUUCCUUGGUCUCGACGAGGCUGUUGUCCCACUUUUCCCCAACUCAGACUAUCAGACCGGAUUAGUCGGGGCCGCGGCUGCCAUCCAAGCAUUAUUAGCCCGCACCCAAGAAGACGUCACCUUUGACAUCGACAUUAGCCUCACGCAGUACAACAUCUGGUAUUAUCGUCUCGGCUCAUACUCCGAGGACCAGCAGAAGGCUCUUAGGAAUCGUGACCCGCAGUUCAGCCCUCGCCAUUACGAUGAUAUGAGUUCGCUCGUUGGAAAGACACAUCAGUCGCUGCAGAAGAUUCGCCCAGAAAUAGUCAAGCAUCCUGAGUACUUCUGGGACAUGAGCGGCAAGGAAUACGGAUUGGACGAGGACUUUAAAGUGCUGGCACCUGCAUUCAAGUUUGAGAAGUCGAGUAUUGGUUGGGAUGUUCCGACCGGACGAAGAGGGCGAUCGAAGGCCGAGUGGGUAUCAUAA